AUGGGUUCUGCUGCAUCAAAGCCCGUUAAGUCGGCAGCUGGCGCAGCCUCACGGCGCCAAUACCCCAAGCAGCCAGCUCCUCCACCGAGGGGCCCGCGCAAAGCUCCGAAAGAACCCAAAGCAGCGUCUGUACCUUCGCCUCCUACCACGUCCAAGCCUAAGCCCCAGGCUAGUCCCUCGACUCCUCGCGCACCUACAGCUCCCUCUCAAGGUCCAACAUACCACUCAAAGGAGCAAGCAUCCAGCGUGAAGUCUGGUGCCAUCGACAUGGACGGUCGAGACCCCGACUUCGCCGCUUCCCUCCGAUCAAUAGGGCCCGUCAACCCAUCACCUACAUUCUCAAACUCAAGCACCUUUAACCGCCCCGGCUCAAUGCAAACUGUCUUUCCGCAUGCUUCGAACCCGGCACUGCUAGUUGUCACUGCUAGACAACGUCUCAUGGAGGCCGCGGAAAAAGAAGCUGAACACUUCGGUCAUGCGGGUCACCCCGGGAGAUCGUUCCUGGAUGCCCUGACUAUCCAACAGGUGUUGACGAUGCGUGAUAAGCAGGGUAUGCGUCGUGGUGAUAUUGAACGGUUCCUCGGGUUGAAGAAGGGUGUCUUGGAGCGGCUAGGGAAGGAUGAGAUUGUGUCGCGUAUUACGUGA